AUGACUUUUGGGUUAACAAAUACUCAUGCAGUGUUUGUGGAUUAUAUGAACAGAAUCUUCUGCCCGUUUUUGGAUAAGUUCGUUGUCGUCUUUAUUAAUGAUAUACUAAUUUAUUCUAAGACUGAAGAAGAACUUGUGAAACACCUGAGGAUCGUGUUGCAGAUACUAAAGGAAAGGAAACUCUAUGAGAAACUGUCCAAAUGUGAAUUCUGGAAGGACGAAGUGAAGUUUCUUGGCCAUGUAGUGAGUAAGCAAGGCAUAGCAGUAGAUCCUUCUAAGGUGGAAGCAGUGAUGGAGUGGGGGCGACCGGCCUCGGUAACUGAGAUAAGAAGUUUUCUGGGCUUAGCUGGCUACUAUCGAAGAUUCAUCAAAGGCUUUUCACAAAUAGCUUUGCCAUUGACAAGGUUAACCCCCAAGGACGCGUCAUUUGUUUGGACUUCUGAGUGUGAAGAGAUCUUUCAAGCAUUGAAGCAAAACUUGACCACUACGCCUGUGUUGGUGUUGCCUGAACCGAAUGAACCAUUUGAGGUGUAUUGUGAUGCCUCACUAAAGGGUAUGGGGUGCGUGCUGAUGCAGCACCGGAAUGUGGUGGCAUAUGCCUCACGACAAUUGAGGCCUCACGAAGUCAAUUAA